GGGCUUGCUCGUUCUUUUUCCUUUCUUUGUAAAAACAACGCAAACUAUUAAAAAAGUAAGUAGCUAGUAAAAUCAAUUUCUAUUAUCGACACACUCCUCAUAAUGUACAGCGAAAGUGAUCUCGAGAACUACGACGAGUACGCCUCGCUCGACAGCAGCGAUGAACUGAACGCUGCUGAGUUGGCCGAGAAGCUGAUCGAGGAGCGUGACCUGAGGCUGGGCGUUGCUUUUCAAACCUACGCGUGGCUCUUCGAGGCGGAGGACGGUUUUUUUAAAACAAACUUUCCUCACCUGCUGCCGAGUGACACGACGGGCACUGAUCGAUGGGACACCAAGUCGGGUCCUGACUGCUACCGCGUUGUGUCCGCUUUAUUGAACGCGGCUGCGGGAAACGAUGCGGUGGUCUCCAAAACGGAGGGAAACCAGGGUACGGCUACGGUGGCAGCCACAACGCCGCCUGUUGGCGACAAGGAAGAUACGUCAUCCAACGCAAGCGAUGCCGCCACAUGUACGAAAUUCGGCCUUCAGCCCUCUGGCGUGUACAUCCUCUCCCCCGCUGAUGGCAAACCGUCGCCGGCGUCACGCUUCCUCUGCAACAAUUUUGCCACGUGCAUUUUGAUUCCAGUGGCCAAGGAGCUCAACCGUGCGCACCUCCGCACCGCACACGCCGACCUCUUUCGUGGGAUGCCCAGCAUCGGCGAGGAGGGACUGGAUGUGGUGCCAGGGUACAAGCAUACCGAGCCGUCUGGAUGGGCGCUGCCCAUCUCCACCGCUCCAGAGGUGGUGGCGAAGCUGAAAGAACUGUACCCGAGCUGGCGCUCACCCACGCCGGCCGACGUACCGCUCUUUACCAGACCGGAGAGCUCCGGCUCGCGUGAUGGCGUGCAGCGGGCACCAGCGGCCUCGCCACGCAAGUUGUGGACUCGCAAUGCAGCAAGGCUGAUGCGCAGCAAAGAGCGUCUUCUCGCGUGCAUUGAAGCGGCUGGCGGGUGGUCUCAGGUGCAGUUUGUCGCCGUGGACGUGGAGGCGUUCGCGGUGACGGCGAACAGUGUGCCCCUGCCUGCAGAGUACGCCUUUGUGCCGAUUCGACCUCCUCGCAGGCGCCGUGUCCGUGCUGUCGCGGCGUCGGACGCGGCGACCGUGCCCGCAAACGGUGAGAAGACUGCGCGGUCGAGGCCUCUCAGCAUUGUGCACUUCUUCUGCCACCCGGGUCGCAUUCCCAUAGAGGAAGAAGACACCGUGUUGCACACCUGCAUCGACACGCACCUCAUCCCGUAUCGCAACGCUACUUUUCUGACCCACGACUAUCGCACCAAGGCGCGGCAAGUCGACGCCGCGUUUGUGCGCAACCCGCGCGUGGUGCUCAUCAACAAAGGCGAUCCGGACAGCCCGACGCUGAUGGACCUGCAGGCGAUCCGCUGGCUGUACGCUGCGGCCAUCUGGCAGCAUCACCGCUACUGUGACGUGUCGAAGCUGAUGGAGAAGAUGCGGGCAGACCCGCAGGAGUGGAUCCCGGACGCGCAGGAUAUUCGGUGCUUCGACGUGAGCGUGUUGGAGGCCGUCGCGGCGGAGUGCUUCCAGGCUGCUGCGGAGCCUCAGCAGAACGGAGCAACCACGGCACAGAAAGAGGCGCAAAAGAGUAGACGUGUGAAGGAGCCAGAGUCUUGUUGGUAUCACGAGGUGGUCCGGAAGAGCGAAGAGUGUGUCGAAAACAGUGUUCACUGUGCGAUGCUGGAUGCGCAGGUGCUUGCGCAGCGCGUGCAGGAGGGACUUAAAAAGUGGCAUCCUGGUUACUCUGCCUGA